CUGCUGUUGCCGCCAUCGUCAGUCGCUCGAAACGAAUUUGAAAUUCAGUUUUUGACUCGACGUCGCCGAAAACGGACGUGAGCGUUUCGCGUGUUGCCCCAAAAAUCGAACUGAAAAUCGUUAACGGAAUACGAGACUUAUUUCAAGUUAUGUGAAACACAAAACAAAAAUACACAAAGCGAAAAUAUUUACCACAAAUCUCAAGCAAUCGAUUCACGCGCCGUGCAAAGCAAAUAUAUGUUUUGAAAUAUAAUACCACAAAUAUUCUGUGUUCAGUGAUACACCAAAAAGUUAUCAAAAAGCAAAGCGAAAUUUAAUAAGCAAUACAUUGUUGAAAUAAUUGGCUUGAAUCUGAUUUGAUUAGUUAGCAAAAGACAACCAGAAACAGUUACACGAAUCACUUGACAAAUAUCCGUUGGAGUAUAAAAACAGAAAAGCGGCUACAAGGCCGCCAAUGAAGGCUGUCCAGAUGACAGCGAUCGGGCAGCGAAUUUGACACGCACCCAAAAACUUCAAAGCGAUACUAAACCGAACCGGGAAACCCCAUAGAUAAUCCCCCGCAACCCCGAAGAUCGAGGAGGUAUACGCGUAUACCACACCCCGCCCAGCCGAAGUCACACGAAUUCAAUGUGGAAAAUGCUGGAUAUGAUGGAUCUGUCCGAGGCCGAGCUCUUCAUGUUCGACUGCGACGACUGUUCGGGCACGCCCCUUGCCCCACCGCCCCAAUUCCUCGUCCCACCGCCACCAAGGCCGCCGGCUCUGGCCGAAUUCACGGUGGUGCCGCAGGAUUGCAACGAGGAGCAGUUGGCUCAGCAACAAUGGGAGAGCGAUAUCUGCCAGGCGAUGCCGAUCUUGGAUGCCAGCCUGUACAGCAGUCAGUCGUUGGCCACAUCGGCCAUGAUAGCCGUGUUCUCGCUGCUCUUGGUCUUGAUUGUUCUCAUCUCGUCGCUGUUCGUUUGGAAAAACAAGCGGAAGGUGCAGAAUCUGCUGCCCUGCAAGACACCCACCCGCGGCCCCCUCAACGGAGCCAUGCCCCUGGGCGGCGGCACUCUGGGAUCGGCGCACCACCAUCACCAUCACGGGAUGUACGAGGAUCCCGAUACGCACUUGGGUCACCACAGACCCCUGGUGAUGCAUCGGCAUCAUCAUCACCAGCAGCUGGCGCACCACCAUCACUAUCAGCAGCAUCACUCAGAGCUGCUGCAAGGCAAAAGCAUUCACUAUCCCAGCGGCUAUCCCAUGACGCGUUCGCCACCGUUUUUGGUCAGCUCCUCACCUGGACCCGAUCCCUAUCGCUCGAACGACAAUGUGUACGAGGAACUGGGACCGGGACGCGUCGACUCCGAUGGCGAAUCGGAGCCGCCACUUCAUUCCGAUGACGAUUUCGCCGAGGAUGAACUUUCGCUGCCGGGCGAGUGCAGUUUCCAAAAGGAAAACAAUCUGCCGGCGGCCGCAGGUGCCACGCCCUAUCACGAAAGGGCGGCGGGCAGCAGCAGCAGCGGCACCGGAGCAACCGGAGGAGCGGGAGCAUCUGCAGCGGCCACAACACCCUCCAGCCUGCAACAUGUCACCCAGGAACGACACAGUGUCCUGAGCAGUGGUUCCUCAACGGGCCAGGAUGCCUCCACGGCCACAGCCUCUUCGGCCAGCAAUAACAACCAUGAGAUGGCAUCGGGUUCUAGGCGUACCCACCGCACGCGACAGCCCCGAAAUACUCAGGAUCAGGAUCUCAACAACAGCACCUCCACGGCGGACAUUGCUGACUUGGCACCGCUGUACGACAACCGCAGCAAUCUCAUGUCCCUGGGCUACAUGGCUCGCUCUACGGCCCCGCAAUUCUACAACACCCUGGAGCACGAGGUGGAGCGCCGAAAUCGCAUCAAUGCGCAGCUCAGUAAGACGCCAGUGCCACCGCUAGCCACGAUUUACAGAGAGCGUAUUCGAUAUCCCAAUGCCAGCCAGCAGUACCCCUCGAGUGCGGCCAGUGGUCUGAUGGCAGCCACGAUGCGAGCGAGAACUCAACCCAGGGUGUUGGAUCGUCGACUGGCACCGCACCAGCAUCAGCAUCACCGCAUCCAUGCCGCACCGAUGGCCCAGGAGCCAUCGUACUGCUAUGCGGAGCCCAUGUACAAUGCCAACUAUUACUACGAAAGUGCUGGUGGGGCAAGACCCUAUGCCUCCACUCUACUGCCCCCUGCUGCGGACUACAGACAUCCGUACGGCGACUCCAGCUUUGGCUCCGAUUCGGGCUACAGUCACCACACACCUGCCAGCUCGAUUGGGCGACAGGACUACGACCUCGCAGAGCCGCAAGUGGUGGCCCAGCCCAAGCCCAGCAAGCUGAGUUCCGCACUGAAUUUCAGUUGGAACCGAAACUCAAGGGGCAAGGGCAGUACACCUGGUGGGGCUAUAUCGAAGAACUCGGGAAACAGCAGCAACAGCAGUGCCGAGGCCACCAGUCCCAAUAACAACAGCAGCGCCUGCUCCACCGUCACAUCUCAGUUGGAAAACAACAAUGCUGCCAGCCUGUCACCAGCGUAGAUAAACCAAUCGAAUAGAUCCUAAACAGAAUCCUUGUAAAUAGGGGCUUAGGCAAAA